AUAAUAAUUGUAAUAAACUGGAAAUUGUAAAUAAAGUGAUUACUUGCUCAAGUUUAAACUGCUUAAAUAUUUGUGAGCCAACCACUUAAAUUCAUUUUAAAAAAAUAUUGACAGAUGUCAGACACGUACGGGCCGGGCCGGGCUUAUUGUUUGUGUAAAAAGCGCUUCCUCUAAAUUUUUAUUACAUUUCCUGAAAUAAGUUUUAGUGUAAACAAAACCGCUUCAAAAUGGAUAAAAGCAAGGAAAAAGAGGAGCAGAGUAUCAUGGAUAAAUCCAUGAGAUCUGUAUUCGUUGGUAAUAUUCCCUACGAAGCCACCGAGGAGAAGUUGAAGGACAUAUUUCGAGAAGUAGGGCCGGUGCUGUCCUUUAAAUUGGUAUUUGACAGAGAAACCGGCAAACCUAAAGGUUAUGGUUUCUGUGAGUACAAGGACCAGGAGACCGCCCUUAGUGCUAUGAGAAAUCUUAAUGGCUACGAGAUUGGUGGUCGUACUUUGAGGGUUGACAAUGCCUGUACUGAGAAGUCAAGGAUGGAGAUGCAAGCUUUGAUGCAAGGGCCACAGAUUGAAAAUCCUUAUGGAGAUCCUGUUGAACCAGAGAAGGCACCCGAAGCUAUCAGCAAGGCUGUGGCCACACUUCCGCCUGAACAAAUGUUCGAGUUGAUGAAACAAAUGAAAUUGUGCAUUCAGAACAAUCCAACGGAAGCAAGGAAUAUGCUUCUCCAAAACCCACAGCUGGCUUAUGCCCUUCUGCAAGCACAAGUCAUCAUGAGGAUUGUGGAUCCUGCUACUGCAGUUAGCAUGCUGCAUCCAUCCAAUCCCGUGCCUCCUGUUCUACAACCUGGAGACAAGCCUCCGGCUAACCCUUAUAUACCUACCAACCAGCCACAAGCACCACCGCCACAACUCCUGGCAGCACCAGUGCCUCCUCCCAACCAGUACACACCAGCGCGACCGGCAAUGGGCGACGUGGAUCUCCGGGGAUCGCGUUCGAGCGGCGUCGUGCCGCUACUGGACCAGGACAUGCGCAGCCUGCCCAUGCCGCCGCAUCCCGUGCCGCCGCCGCAGCACCAGGACAGCGGUUUCCCGCGCGACCCGAGGCUGGCUAACGCGCAGUUCAACGCGGACCCUCGCAUGCGUUCCAACGACCCGCGCACACAGGCCAAGAUGGCGCCGCAACAAAUGCCGCCGGGCAUGCCAAGCAUGGCGCAAGCUCGGACGAUACAGGGAAUACCGUCUGGUGCCUCCGAUCAAGAAAAGGCCGCGCUGAUCAUGCAAGUGCUGCAGCUAUCGGACGAGCAGAUAGCUCUGCUGCCGCCGGAGCAACGCGCCAGCAUCCUGAUGCUCAAGGAACAGAUCGCCAAGAGCACGCAGCAGCGAUAGACACAGAACACAAGUCUUCUUGUUUACGAGCAAAACGCAAGUCUACAAUUUUUUACUCGCGUUGCUUAAGACGUCGUGUUUUGACCAUAAUGUUAAUAGUCCUUCGGAAUAGAGCAACAACCACGAGCUGUCGAAACCGAUUUUGGA